GGGCAUUAUGUAAAACUUUCCUAAUUUUGGGUCACUUUCGGUUAUUAGAUAUAUAAACCUCCACAAUAACCUUCCCGACAAAAUCACUACCAUUUCGAUUCGAGCAAGCAGCUUGGACUUUGGAGGCAGCGGCCAUUGCAACACGAGCCCGACCCAAUACACCCUGGGCAGCAAAAUAACCAACCGACUUCUAGAAAAUCACAUUGUCAAGAUCGAGAAGCAGAGCCUUUAAUCGACUGAUGAUGAUGAUUAAGUUUUCAUCAUUCUCAUUAUAAUUUAUAUACUUCCCUCUUAAACCUAGUUGCUAAUGCACCAGUCACCGAAGAAUUUUGUUGUUGUCGAUUUUUAAAUUGGUUUAGGGAUUGUUAGAAGAUAAGAAGAAUGGUGGCUUUUACAUUGCCUCAAAACUCUUCCAUUCAAUGUCUAAGAUCUUCAUUGCUCCCUCAUAAACCUCAAUAUCUCAACAAGCCUUCACAGAAGUUACUACUUCCUGUAAAUCUAAGUGAUGUUAAAUUACAUGGAAUUGGAAUCCGAUCAAAAGGAGCUAGAAUUGUACCAAAAAUAUGUCAUGCCAUUUCUGAGAAAGCAUCAUUAGGAGGUGUCUUGCCCAAAAAUAACAAACCUGUAAUUGUGAUUGACAAUUAUGACAGCUUCACUUACAAUCUUUGUCAGUAUAUUGGAGAACUUGGAUGCAACUUUGAAGUUUACAGAAAUGAUGAACUUACUGUUGAUGAACUCAAAAAGAAAAAUCCUAGAGGAAUCCUCAUAUCUCCUGGACCAGGUGCUCCACAAGAUUCAGGAAUUUCAUUACAAACAGUUCUGGAACUUGGACCUGAUAUACCUUUGUUUGGUGUAUGCAUGGGAUUACAAUGCAUUGGUGAAGCUUUUGGAGGGAAAAUCGUGCGAUCUCCAUACGGUGUAAUGCAUGGAAAAAGCUCACUUGUUUAUCAUAACGAAGGCGGGGAAGAUAGUUUAUUUUCAGGCAUAUCAAACCCAUUUAUUGUUGGGAGAUAUCAUAGCCUUGUAAUUGAGAAAGAGAGCUUUCCUAGUGAUGCACUUGAAAUCACUGCAUGGACAGAGGAUGGAUUAGUUAUGGCUGCACGUCACAAAAUAUAUCGCCAUUUACAGGGGGUACAAUUUCAUCCAGAGAGCAUUAUUACAACCGAAGGCAAGACAAUUGUUGGUAACUUUAUUAAACUCAUAGAGACCAAGGAAGAAGAAGCUCAAGCUAUUUCUAGAAAUUAAAUUUGGGAAAAUUUAAUAACUUUAAGACUUCAGAGCCUUUUUUUUUUUUUUUCAAAGUACAUGAUUUUGACAUUUUGGUAUUCAAACUAGGAAGAUUAAGUUUAAGGGAGUUUUUUUAUACAUUAUUUUGCUUAUGUUAUAGAUUUUAUAACUUGUUGGGAAAACAUAUGUGAAGAGGUGACAUUUGAAAUUGGGAUUUUGGUA